AAGCCUUGCUCAUGUUGUGCAAUGUGUGUACCUCUUGUCAUGUUCAUCUUAACGAUGGGCUGUAUGGUCAUCACAGGAGGAUUAAUCUGGAUGCAUUUUAACCUCAAACAAGAUCUAGAUAACCUCAGAAAAACACUGGAAAAAGUUGAGAUAAAAGCUGAUAGUGCUUCAUCACAAGAGAAGACUAUUGUUAGCCUAGAAACUGGGCUGGAAAGAUUGGGCUCUUUCCCAGAAAAAGUAGAUAUUGCAGAUAUCAAAAUUAAUAUAUUAAACAAGUCCUUGAGUGAUAUACAAAAAAGACAAGAUGAAUUGGAUUCAUUAAAAACUAGGAUAGAAAGUCUUGAGGGUAAAGCAUCGUCUACAUCAGCAGCUGAACUUCAACAGAAUGUUGCUGAGCUAGGCAGUGAAAUUGAGGAUCUCAAAGGAAAACAUGAUGAGCAGGAAAUGAAAAUAGCUGGUUAUGAACAAAAGAUAACAGAAUUAAUGAGUGAAGUAAAUACUUUAAAGAGCCAAGUAGCCCUUUUACAAAAUCCACCCAGCACUCCACCAAGCCCGGAGGUAGCCCCACCAACCACAUCAAGUGCCACUACCAGACAUUCUACCCCAGCAGAACCUGCAACAGGCUCAGGCAGCUCUAUAUCAGAUCCACAUUUUAUUGAAAUUCAAGAGGAGAUCUCAAGAAUAUGGGCUGCAGUCCAUGAAGUCCAGAGCACUGCUUCCAAUCUAUCAAGAGAGCAUGAUGAAGUAGUUUCCUCAUUGUCUCAGUUUAGACAAAUGCUACAGAACAGUUCAGUUAAUACUCAGUCUUCUGUACCAACGGUGGCGAGCCAUUCAAGCUCUUCACCACAAAGUAUUCAGACUGGCCAGUUUGAUCUGGCACAAAUGAAAGCAGAUAUUGAACUUCUGAAGGAAGAAUACAAUAAGAGCAUUGUAUCAAUGCCAGUAACAGACAUCAUUCCUGUAGGAGACUCCAGCAGUUUAAAUACAACAGGGAUGCGUUUAUUAACUGAGAGGGUGACACGACUAGAGGAGAGGGUCAAUGAGCUCAAACCAGUAGACAGCAACCCUGAUCUACUGAACAUCAAUGUGACCAACAGCAUGCAGAUGCUACUAGAACGCUCCUUACAACAAUUCAAGGAUGAGAACAUUGCCGAUGUCUCCGCGCUUCAGGAAGGUCUAGCGGCUGCAAGCUCGUUUGAUGACGAGGUUGGGACUAGGAUUGCAUCAAUCCAGGACCAGAUCAGUACAUUACAAAGAGAGACCUGCAAAUGUACAUCCACGACUUCCUCACCAGCAGAAGGAGCUUUACCACUCAUCACGUCAUCGAGUACAAUAUCUCCAGUAGAAAGAACAGGUGGCAGCAGAUAAAACCAGCCAGGAUCAGCCGUUUAAACAAUACCUCUACGAAGACUUUGCAUCAACUCUAUGAAGAAGUUCAGUGUGAGAGAUCAGUUUGGCUUCGAGCAAGGAGAGUGGAUCUUUUCAACAGAGUUCAUUUGUAACAAUUUUUAUGAGCCAGAAUAUACGAUGAUGAGUGCCCAUACAAUUGUGGAAGAAACUGGAUGAAAAAGAACAUCAUGAUGUCAAGAUGACCUGAAGGUUUAAAAGUGUUGUUUGGGAUAGGAAUGUCAUUUUAUGGCCAGGAGAUGUGAUAUGAAGUGACAGCCAUGUACAUUGUAUUACUGACUACAAUCUCCAGUAAUUACACCAAGCACGGAACCAAAGGACAAUAUUUUUGGAUUUGUUGGUGGACUCCAUAUGAGAAUGAAUGUGCACAGUGAGGAAAGAACCAAAUAGAAAUUCAACGCUGAAUGAGGCCCUCCAUAUACUUGGUUUGUGAGGAUAAGGAUUUAGUGAAAUCCCAAGAUGAACAACUCUGCACACUAUUUCUUGUGAUUUAUUUUUGAUUUGCAGAUGGUUUAGUUUUGGGCAGGGGGUUAAAUUGGAUAUGAAUAUAAUCUUAUGUUUUGAGGUGUAUUUUUGGUAUAUUCUACGCAUAAAAAUUAAAAUCAUGAAUGAUUGCUCGGAGUGUGUUCCACGGGCCAUUUGGUGUGGCACGUAAUUAUCGAUAUUUAUUUAUGAAUCAAAGUUGCAUUGAUAUGACUGAAAUCCAAACAUCAAAAUACCAUAAUUCAUUAGUCAAGCCAAAUAAAUACAUCAUUCUCUAACAAAUUUUGGUUAAAUGCAAAUUUUGCUUUGGAUAUUUUGCAUAAGCUGCUCUGAUGAUGAUGUGAAGUCUGUGUGUUUACAAUUUACUUCGAUUUGCAUAGUAAGUAUCCUAACGAAAUUGCAAUUCAUAAUAAUAAUUGGCUUUUAUAUAGCGCAAUACCAAUCGAUGACUGCUCAAAGUGCUUCACAAUUAUUAUGAACCGGUCACUGGAUUCAUAGCUUUUUUAGCAGCAUGUUAGGCGCAUACUUGCUAAACCAACUACAAUGACGGUUGUUUCCUAACAUCUAAUUCAUGAUUGGAUUUAUGUACAUGUAUACACCUGUAUCUCUUUCUCUAUUUGGUUGUACUGGUCAGAUAAUAUGAAAGAUGUAUUUUGAAACACACAAAGAGAUGCAGAUUUCUAAUUGUGAGAAAAAUAGCAAUAUCAACCACACCUUCAAGGAAUUAUUUAAAUGUUUGUCCAUUUAAACCUUGGUGGGCAAUUUCACCAAGCUUUUUUUUUUGUAAGUUACCUCAAUAUGCAUGAUUACACAUGACUGGUGACCCUUUUUUAAUUGAGAUUAUACCCCAAAUUUUCCCCCUUUUUAAGAUAGUAAAAGUGCAUUUCCUCUGACUGUAAUCAAAUAGUGAAAGAUAUUGAAUUAUUAAUUCAGAUACUUUUUAACAAUGAUAAUAUUAGUCUAUAAAGAGUGGAUUUCAACUUAAGCCAUUGGAAAUAAAAAUUUAAUCUGAUUUUAUAACAUGAUCGAAGAAGGGGCCAGCAGGUGCAUAUCAUAAAGUCAUAAGCAACAUAUGAACAGCUUUAUGAAAAACACCAUGUGUCUCAAUCUAUCACACUGGAUUGUGAGCUAUACAAUGAUCUGGUAAGGUAUUUGUGUAUUAAUAGAAAUGUCUGAGAGUUUUCGUUCAAAGGUUAUACCUGUAUUUGGAAUGUUGAUUGAAAUUUGUAUUGAUUUUAUCUGAAAUAAAUAAACAUGAGAUUUUCCUAAAGAAGAUUGUGGUCAUUUCAAUUUUGUUUACUAGAAAUUAUGUUAACAGCAUGAAAAUCAUGAGCUUGGCAAUGAUUGAUAACAUUUUGUGUUUAUUUGUCCUCCCAUUAAUAAUUAACAUUAAGAAUAAGAAAUUAUUGAACGAGAUUAUUAUUCAGAAUUUGUUCUUUUUAAUUUACAUGAACUUAUUGGUGUGUGAUGAAUAAAGUAUAGAAGUGGUAUAUUAUUUACAAUAACUCUAUAGACAAACUUAGUUUCAAAUUCUUAAUAUUACUAUGUUCAGUUGUCAUUGUUAUUUUUUUCAAAGCUAUGCAUAAUAUUUUCUUUCAUGAAUUUAUAAUUCAAAUGUAUUACGUGUACUUGUACUUUUAGCUUGUGAAUAUGUAUUCAAGUUAAUUUUGCAGGGUAAAUUGGCUUUUAUAGCCUGCUUUGAAAACAGCAGUAGCGGAGUGUCAUUAAAAAUCUAAAUGAAUAAACAUGUCUGUGUGGGAAAUUAGAUUAUAUUGGAAAGGCAAUUAGGAAAAUUUGAUCAGUAAUAGCAAUAGAUCAACAGUGAUGAUUUCUGUUUCACUCAUUAUUUCGAUGUACAUUGAACCGUUGCCAAUGAUUUCAUUGUCAAAACAUAUAAUUCACUGUAAACCACAACAUAUAUUAUACACAUGUUUAUGAGUUAUGACAGAGUUCAGGGCCCCGUCUUACAAAGAGAUACGAAUCUACGAUUGAUCCGAUCAAUCGUAACUCUAAGAGCCGUGGUGUAGUGGUUCUGACUCUCGCCUUGUAAACAGAGGGUUGUGUGUUCGAAUCCCACCGCGGUCUAGCGUCCUUUGGCAAGGCGUUAAUCCACACUUUGCCACUCUCGACCCAGGUGCUAAAUGGGUACCCGGUAGGAUGCGAAAGAUAUUGUAUGUUUGAAUUUGCCAGCGCCAUAAUGAGGCUGCGAUGAAUGCAAGGAAUGCUCCCCAGGGAGUGGAAAUUGUGCACUUUUCGUGCGGGAUUGAAAUGAAUCCAAUGACCGGGGUAAUAAUAUGCUGUAACGCGCUUUGGGCCAUUCUGGGAAAAGCGCUUUAUAAAAAUUGGCUAUUAUUAUUAUUAUUAACUCUAUGGAAAUCUAUCAGGGUCAUAAUUUUUUCCACAAAAACUUUGCACAAUGUCCUUUGUACGCAAAGAGAAGCGCAGUGAAUUUUAAGAAAACAAUGAAUGCAUGAAUAUACAUUGUACAUCAUCGCUAGAAAAUAUUUUGAACAGACAUGCAUAAUAGAUGUUGACGUUGCUGGCCGUCCAUAGUUGCGAUUGAUCGGAUCAAUCGUAACUCUUUGAAAGACGGGGCCCUGAUCUAUUUGUUAGGUGAUAGGUCAGGUGAAAGAUUAACUAUCUUUGAUGUUGAAUAUGAAUAAGUUAUUUGAUACUUCAUGUAUAUAAUUUAAAGAAUACAAAACAAACAAAAACAAAGUAGCUGUAAAUUCCCAUAAAAAUGUAAAAAUACAAUAUUCUUGACUUGUACAAGAUUUUUUUUGUAUAUUACCAAAAAUGUAAAUACGGCAGUCAGUAUUGAAUUAUAGCAAUUUUCUGCUAGUUUGAAACGUCUUUCGGGUGUGGGUGACAAUUUUGUGACAUAAUUUGAUCAAAGUUGUCAUAGAUACAGUAAUAAAUAUUCUGUAGUUCUGAGAAUGCAUUUUAGAGAAGUUUUCUACAAUGUUAGUGCAUGUAUGUAACACUAGUUAAUAGACUGUAAAAUCCAAUUGAUAUACAAGAUUGCUACAUGUUCAAAUUUGUUGUUAUCAACAUGUACAUCAUUCAUAUGCACAGAGAAUACUGAAAAUGAAAUACAAUGAACUGCAAAAGAUAUUUGAUUAUUUGAUUUUUAGAGAUUAAUACAUAUUGCAGCAAUUAUCAUACAUUAUCUUUUCAGUUUCUAGAAUGAACUAAUUUUUAAGCUGACUUUUCUAGUGCUUUUCACAAUAUUUGGUGUUUGCAAAAUUAUAAUCUACAAUUGUUUCAUAAUGCAUGCACCACCAAUGUUUUCGACCAAUCCCUUGCGAAUAAAUGACAUCACAAUAUUAAAGGGCGCAACUUGCGCGUUUGUAUUAUGAAAUAUCUAAAA